AUGGCAGAUGCAAUCGUCGAGGCUUACAGCGGCAGCGAAGCCGUAAGGCGACUGCGCAAGCUACUCGCGUACGCCAUCAACCGCCACAUUGGCCAGUUUCGAGGAGCCAAAACAGACUACGCAGACUUCUGGGCUGCGAUGGCAGCUUUCCCUGAGCUUGAGAAAGAUCUCGGGUCGACCAAAGCCAACGAAAACCCUGCUCCUCUAGCCUUGAGACAAGCAGAUCAAGUGAAGAUUAAUGAAAGCAAAGCGGACCGCCGAGCGAGGAAAACAGCGAACCGACUCGCCAUGAGAGAAGCGAAGAAUAAGGCGGAGAACAAGGCGAAGAACAAGGCGAAUAACAAGGCGAAGACCAAGGCGAAGAAUGGCGGAACUGAUGGCGGUGCACGUGCAAGCCAGGGUCAAGCCCUUGCUACUCAAAGCACCCUCCGAGAAGUUGACAACGAUUACGAAAGCAGUGUUGCAGGAGAUGACAAUGAUGAAGCAGGUCUGGAUGUUGAAGACAUGGAUGGUAUUUCAUUCGACAAUGUCGUCGAGAGACGCACGCGAGGAAGGACAGUAACAAGAUAUCCACGAUGA